CUUUUGGUUCUGCACAGAAAUGUAACCUGAAAACAAGCUGUGUUUUUCCGGUUGUCUCGUGUCCUCAGAUUGCCAGCUCUGUUUUGGAAUGGAGCGCGAGGCUGAUGUGUUUUAUCGUGAGCUACCGAAAGUGGAGCUUCACGCGCACCUUAACGGCUCAGUUAGCUUCCAAACCACGGAGAAGCUAAUCAGCCGGAAGCCGCAUCUGAGCAUCAGACGGGGGAUGACGGCGAUCAGCAGAGGCCAGCGGAGGAGCCUGGAUGAGUGCUUUCAAGUUUUCAAAGUCAUCCAUCAGCUGGUGGACACAGAGGAGGACAUCCUUAUGGUAGCAACAGAUGUCAUCAGAGAGUUUGCAGCUGAUGGUGUCAAAUAUUUAGAACUGAGAAGCACACCACGGGAGGAACUAAAGUCAGGGCUGACAAAAAGGAAAUAUGUUGAAACUGUCCUCAAAGCCAUCCAGCAGUGCAAAGAAGACGGCGUGGACAUUGAUGUCAGGUUCCUGCUGGCAGUUGAUCGCAGAAAUGGAGCUGAAGUCGCCAUGGAGACUGUGAAAAUGGCUGAGGAUUUCAAACUGUCCUCUGAUGGACUGGUGGUAGGACUCGAUCUCAGUGGAGAUCCAAUGGUGGGCCAUGUCAAAGCUCUUCUUCCAGCCCUGCAAAGAGCCAAAAACUGUGGACUGAAGCUGUCACUCCACAUUGCAGAGGUGCCAUCAAAGCUGGAUGAGGCAGAGUUGCUGCUAAAUCUUAAUCCAGACAGGAUUGGUCACGGUACCUUUUUGCAUCCUGAAGCAGGUGGAUCCCAAGACCAUGUUUAUAAAGUGGUAAAGAACAAGAUACCACUGGAAAUGUGUCUGACAUCAAAUGUCAAAGGACAAACUGUAUCAUGUUACGACAAACAUCACUUCAACUACUGGCAUCAGCUGGGACAUCCCAUUGUCAUUUGUACUGACGAUAAAGGAGUCUUCUGCACCGACUUGUCUCAAGAAUAUCAGGUGGCAGCUUCCACAUUUGGUCUCAGUCAUGAAGCGACAUGGAAACUCUCCCAGCAGGCCAUAGACUACAUCUUUGCACCAGAACUCCUAAAACAGGAGCUCAAAGAGAAGUGGAAAAACUUACAGCCUCAAGUGUUCCGAUAACUUAAACCAACGAAUAACGCUGCUCUAAAAAAAAAAAGUAUAUUUUUACAGAUGCAAUAAAAUAAAAAAAAAAAAAGGAAAAUUGUUAAAUUAUGUCACUAACAUGCACCACAUGUACAAGCCUCAGGAGUCAGUUAGUGGACAUUUAUGCAAAC